UGAUUUGUGAUUUGCGAGCAGAAUAAUACGGACAAAGAGCCAUACAGAGAUGGCGGCCACCAGAUACGACAGCAUUGAGAGGAUAUGGUCGGGGGCGAAGGACAAGGAGUACUACGGUCCGGAUAUGACGCUUGGCGAGGUGGCUCUGAUCAUACUGCGGCUCUACUCGGACAAGGUGAUGCAGGUGUUCGAUCCCACGGGCGAGGAGCUCACCGGUGGACAGCUGCUCGCGCAGAGCCGUCGCCUGGCACAUGCCUUCCAGCGGCUCAAGCUCCAGCGUGGCGAUGUCGUGGGCAUAUCGGCCACCAACACCACUUACCUCACCGAAGUGGUUAUAGCCGCACUGCUCAAUGGAACGCCCAUCAAUCCACUGCAUCCGCAGUUCGAUUCGGAGACCAUGGCCUAUAUGUACGAGAUUACCAAGCCAAAGGUCAUUUUCUGCGACCUGGACAACUAUGAGACCUUGAGUGCGGUCAAGACCAGCCUUAAGUUCAAGACGCAGCUCAUUCUCCUCACCGGAACCCUGCCGGGGGUGCGCAACAUUCAGGAUCUGCUGGCCGACGGUUCCAUAGACUAUGAUGAGAAAACCCUCUUUGCCUGCCCGAACCUGAGCGGCAACGACACGGCCUUCAUCAUCACCUCAUCGGGAGUAACCGGUUUACCCAAGGGCGUCACCCGAUCGCACCGCAGCCUCCUGAACGGCGCCAAAAUUCCCCAGCUGUUCACCUCGGAAACGGUGCUCUUCUGCAUCAGCCCGCUCUACUGGAUCAGCUGCAUUUUCACCCUGAUCGCCUCGCUGGUCAAUGGCUGCAAGCGGGUGAUCACCAAUCGCCCCUUCAGCGUGGAGUACUUCGCCGAUCUGGUGCAGCGCCAUCAGGUGAGCUUCGUCCUGACCGUGCCCCACCAGAUGGCCCUGCUGGCCAAGAGCCCCAGCCCCCAGAGGGAGGAGCUGGCGGAGCGGUUGCAGUCGGUACGGUCGUUUGUCUGCAGCGGAUCGAAGGUGCCCCUGGGGAUCUGGCGACAACUGUACGAGCUGUUGGGUGCCGACAGAUUCGCCGUACUCUACGGCCUCUCGGAGACCGGAGGCAUCUCCAAGAACGUGGGCGGUCCGCUUGGCAACGAGGGCAAGCUGCUAAGAAACGUCCAGGUGCGCAUUUUGGAUGGCCAGGGUCAGGCCCUGGGGCCCAACCAGACGGGGCAGAUCCAUGUGCGACUCAGCCAGCGCUGGGGCGGCUACUAUCACAAUCCGCAGGACACGCAGGCGGCCGUCACCCCCGACGGACAGUGGCUGCUGACUGGAGAUCACGGCUACUUCGAUGACGAUGGAUGCCUGCACUUUCAGACCCGCGACACGGACGUCUUCAAGUACAACCACUUCCCCAUCUAUCCCAAGCAGAUCGAGGAUGUCAUCCACCACUUGCCGGGGGUCCAUGAAGUGGCAAUCUUCGGCGUACCCGACGAGAUUUCCACCAAUCUCAUUGCCUGCGCAGUGGUCCGAGAUGACAACGACCUGGGUCGAGCACUGACUGCCCAGGACAUCACUGGUAUUGUGGAGCAGCAUCUUAGCGAAGCCUUUCACAUACGUGGAGGUGUCUUCUUUGUGGAUGGCUUACCCAAGACCCAGAACCUCAAGAUACAGCGCCGAAGAAUCCUGGCCGAGCUUAAUGAGAUCACCACCCAUCUGUAGAGAAUAUUUUGUUGCAAAUAAAUGUUGAAGUUCUGCUAAGGAAAA